UUAUAAACAGUUUGCGUUCAACCGUCGUUUAGUUCAGUAUUGUAUUGUGCAUCGUCGUUGAAGUUGCCGCGCAAGCGUUAAAUAAAUAAAAAUUUGCAAUAAUCAGCCACAAACAACAACACCUACACCGCUUAAUAGACGGACGGACAUACAUUCGCAUAUAUAUAUAUAUAAUAUAAAGGUGUAACAGCAACGAUUUAAAGUGGUGCAAAAAAUUAUUUGAGUGAAUUUGCCGAAAAAUGCAUUCUCAUUUUGCCAUAAUAGUCACAUUGGCCUUGUGUGCGGUCAGCGCCCUGGCUCAGAAAAGUGCCACAAUGGAAGCGAUUGCCUACUUGGAGGGCGCCGCCGUGAGGGGCAACGUCACUUUCAUACAAAAUGGCUGCUCCGAAAAUGUUCACGUGCAUGUCUAUUUGACUGGACUGGCACCGGGUAAGCACGGUUUCCAUGUGCACGAGAAGGGCGACUUGACCAGCGGCUGUCUCAGCACUGGCGGACAUUUCAAUCCCGAUAAGAUGGACCAUGGUGCGCCUGGCGAUGAGGUGCGUCACGUUGGCGAUCUCGGCAAUGUUGAGGCCGAUGCAAAUGGUGUUGUCGAUACGACUUUCACCGAUCACUUAAUCAGUUUGACUGGCAAACGUACAAUUAUCGGACGCGGUUUGGUUGUGCACGAAUUGACCGAUGAUUUGGGCAAGGGUACCCACCCUGAUUCGAAAAAGACUGGAAAUGCGGGUGGACGUUUGGCUUGCGGUGUCAUCGGUGUUAACGGCAACAUUCACGAAUGGCCCUGUUCGAACGCGGCAGUAAAAGUAGUUUCACUAUUUGCCUUCGUGCUGGCGGUAUUCAUCAGUCGCGUGUUGUCUUAGGUGAUUCCGGAGAAGUAUUUAGCUAAUGAGAGCAAGAUGUCUACAGUUGUAUUACAUUAACUUAUAUUUCAAAAUAAUAGAAAAAAUAAUUAUGUUUAACAAUAUUUAUGUAUAAGUUUACUAACCUAUUGCAUAGGAAAAUAAAUUUCGCCAUUUGCCACAAA